AUGUCUGCCAUUGAACAAAUCAAUCUCAACGACUUUGAAGCCAAUUUCUCGUCUUCAACAGUAACAGAGCUAUCCAGUGUUGCGUUAGGGGGCCGCAUUGUCGCAGUGUCUGACGAGUUCUUCGCUGAGGCAUUUCAUUUACUAUUGGUGGAGCCUGCACCGUCGUUAAAGGGCCAGUUUGGACCGAACGGUGCGCUAUACAGCGGGUGGGAGACAAGGAGGCACAACCCGGACCACGAUUGGUGCAUCAUUCAGCUCGGUACGACCGGGUCUAUCUCAGGAUUCGAUGUUGACACAUCCAACUUCAAUGGAAAUGAGGCACCUGCAGUUUCUGUCCAUGCCCUUUAUGAUGCUGAUUUGAAGGAUCCCACACCAGAUGAUCCCAGAUGGAGAGAAAUCCUUCCCAGAAGUAAUCUUGGACCUAAUUCCCGUCAUUUGUUCAAGGUUACGCCCACUCCAUGUUACAACUAUGUAAUACUUCGCAUGUAUCCAGACGGUGGUAUCGCGCGCUUUAGGGUUUACGGAAAAGUACUGCCUGUACACCCACCACCAGACCAUCUGUUCGAUUUAGCUCAUGUAUUUGCUGGAGGACGCGUUCUUCGAGUGUCUGACCAACAUUUCGGUGUCGGUGCCAAUCUCAUCCUACCCGGACGAGGUGUAAACAUGGGAGAUGGCUGGGAAACCAAACGAAGUCGCACCAAGGGGCACAACGAUUGGGUUGUUAUUCAACUUGGAGUUCCCGGAGAACUGACAGAAGUCGAACUUGAUACACACCACUUCCUCGGCAAUUUCCCUGAAAGUUGUGAAAUAUACGCUCUCUCGACACCUGACGGCGACAACUGGAGUGAUAGUUUAGCUGAUCACUCAAAAUGGACAAUGAUUCUUCCUCGCACAAAAUUGGGCCCGCACAGACAACACUUUUUCGAGUUGGAAAAUGUAGUAAACAAGACAUAUACCCAUGUCAAAGUAAUAAUAUUCCCCGAUGGCGGUCUAAAGAGGAUACGGAUCAUGGGCCGAAGAGUAGAUCAGCCUAUCGCUUCUACAUCACAAAUCACCCCUUCACCAGCAAUACCCACACCAUCGUUGACCCCAAUGUCGGAUCCGCAGUCUCAGAUUUUCGUGAUUCCAGUUGUUCCCUUGACUGCUGAAGAAUUUGCUCCCUUUGGUCAGGUCAUCCAAGCAUAUCGUCGAAAUCACCCCACACGAGCAGCAAUUAAAGUGACGCCUGCGAAUGGAGGAACAGCUGAAAAAUUCCAUAAGCAAUCACUUCUCGUAUCUACAUAUCCACCAGAGGCCGGGGCAUCUACGGGAAUUUCUGUGUAUCGAUGCGAACCUCUUACCGACAUCUCGGAUGGAAUCACUGUCCUGCGAACGUUAGAACGACAUCCGUAUACGAACCAAGCAUUCAUUCCAAUGGGAGCUGGCUCCUCUGGAGGCUUAGAAGAUCCAGCAAAUGCGUACCUUGUAGUGGUGGCGCACAACGGUUCGAAUGAUAAGCCAGAUAUGAAAACUUUGAGGGCUUUCGUAGCGACUACCUCGCAAGGGAUAUCAUACAACGCUGGGAUUUGGCAUCAACCGAUGACAGUUCUUGGAAAACCCUUGGAUCUUGCCUGCAUAGAGAGUCAAAUCGGGGACGGUAGCCAGAUGGACUGCGAGAUUCUCGACCUGGACCUUACAACUACAUAUAUUUUGAAGUUUAGCCAGUGA